AUGUGCAAGCCUGCUCUUUCCAGUGCUGUCUUCAGCACUAUAUCUUUCUUGAGUGGUGCCGUCACUUCAGAGGUUCCCAGCUCAAAUUCCAGAACCACCUUAGAGGCAAGAAAGGGUGUUGGGAAGUCUCUUGUCAAGGCGUCUUUAAUCUAUUGUGGGUUUCCUUCUUGCUGCAAAUGGUCUUUGGUUUUGCUCAUAUGUAGUACGGUGAUGAUUGGAAGCGGAGGUAUUUCCAUCUUCUUUAAGCCCGGUGGUGAUCUCACUUCUGAAAGGAAGGCCUCUUUGAAUCUAGGAAGUGGAGGUAUUCAUCCAAAAGCUGCUGAUGUUGGUGCCAAUAUUACAGACAAUGUCAAGUAG